AUGUUCUCGGACCGCCUGAUUCCACUCAUCUUCAGCUUAGACAGCAUUCUGGCACUACUGCUUGGCCUGCUAUCCUACGGCAUCCUCCUCGCGAUCUACCGCCUCACCCUCCAUCCCCUCGCCAAAUUCCCCGGCCCCAAACUCGCCGCCGCAACCCGCUGGUACGAGUUCUACCACGAUGUCGCGCCCAACAAGGGCUGCUACCUCUGGAAAAUCGAAGCCAUGCACGCCCGCUACGGCCCCAUCGUCCGCGUCACGCCCGACGAACUCCACAUCAAAGACUCGUCCUACUUCGACGAGAUCUACGCUCCAGCGGGUGGGCGGAAACGCGAGAAGUGGGCUCCCCAACUUGUCAUCUUGCCGGCGUCGAUGAACGCGACUGCGAGUCAUGAGGUACAUAGAAUGAAGCGCAGCGCGUUGGCUUCGUUCUUUUCGAAGCAGAAGGUCGUGAAGAUGGAGCCGUUGAUCACGGGCAAGAUUGAGCAUUUGGCUGAGCGGCUUGAAGCGAUAGUGGGGACGGGGGAGGUAGUGAGGCUGGAUGCUACUUAUCAUGCGCUGACUACGGAUAUUAUCAGUGAGUAUUGUUUCGGAGAGUCGUAUAUCCAGCUGGCGGAGCCGGAUUUUGCGGUUGUGUGGAAGGAGACGCUGAGGAUUGGGGCUUCUACGCAGGGGUUUUUGCGGCAGUUUCCGUUCAUUGCUCCGUGGUUGAAGAGGAUACCUGGGUCGGUGCUUGCGUAUCUGGAUGAGGGGGCCGCUAUGAUGGCGACCUUCACGAAGAAUGUCGCUAAUGAUGCCCGCCGCGCCAUGGCUGAGAAUGAGGCUGGCAAGCGCUCUGAUGGAACGCUGUUUCAGGCAAUGCUCGACAAUGCGCCUCCGCAGGUCAAGACUCUGGACUGGCUUGAAGACGAAGCGGCGGCUGUGGUCGGUGCAGGUGGCGAGACCACGGGCAAGGCGUUGGCCAUUGCGACAUUUCAUCUGCUUGAUGAUCCGGCUAAGCUAAAGAAAUUGAGGGACGAGAUAGCCUCUGUCAACCUAGGACCGAACGGCCUCCCGCGCUUGCAGGAUCUGGAGAGCCUGCCAUACCUGACGGGAUGCUGUCGUGAAGGUGUCCGCUUGAUGUAUGGCCUGACGUCGAGGAUGGGGAGAGUCGCUCCUGACGAAGCUAUGGUCUACAAGCAGUAUACCAUCCCACCGAACACGCCGAUUAGCCAGUCCACCUACUUUGUUCAUACCGACCCAGCGAUCUUUCCAGACCCGCAUAGCUUCGAUCCGGAGAGGUGGAUCAAGGCUGAGCAGGGUGGCAUUAACAAUGAUCUGAUGCGGUUUCUUGUCUCGUUUGUUAGGGGUCCUCGGAUCUGUAUCGGGAUGAAUCUUGCGUGGGCGGAGCUAUAUCUCACCAUGGCAAUCAUAUUGUCGCGAUUCGAUAUGGAGCUAUUCGAGACAGACAUCGACGAUGUCGCCGUCAAGUACGAUUUCAUGCUUAUGUCGGCGAAGCUCGAUUCGAAGGGUGUGAGAGCCAAGGUGAAGAACAGUAUUUGA